AUGAAACUUCCCCCAGGGCUUUCUGUUCCUUCAACUUCUUCCAGUUUUGCCCCCUUGAAGUCUCCAUAUUGUACUGUUUUUCUUGCUGUUUAUGUGGAUGACAUCAUCCUUACUGGAGAUGAUUUGUCUGAGAUUUCAGCUCUUAAGUCAUUUUUGGAUGCCCAAUCCAAAAUUAAGGAUUUGGGACUCCUUCAUUAUUUUUUGGGUAUUGAGGUUCUUCAUCAUCCCUCGGGUAUUAUUUUGCAUCAGAAGAAGUUCAUAAAUGAUUUGCUUACUGAAUAUCAUUGUUCUGAUGUUUCUAAGGUUAUUGCUCCUUUAGACAUUUCACUUAAACUAAAUGUUGAUGUUGGGGAUUUGUUGCCUGAACCUGAUAAAUAUAGGAGUCUAGUUGGGAAGUUAAAUUAUUUGACUCACACUAGGCCUGAUCUAUGCUUCACUGUCCAGCACCUUAGCCAGUUCCUCCAGGCUCCUAGAAUUCCACACAUGUCUGGUGCUCUACAUGUUUUGCGAUAUUUGAAGGGUACGCUUGAUCAUGGUGUCUUUCUUAACAACUCUUCUGAUUUCUCCUUGUUGGAUAGAUGUGACAGUGAUUGGGCUGCUUGUCCUACUUCUAGAAGGUCUGUUUCUGGGUUUUGUAUUCAUUUAGGGGGCAGCCUCAUUAGUUGGAAGUCUAAAAAGCAGCCAACUGUUUCUUUAUCUUCCGCUGAAGCUGAAUAUCAGGCCAUGAGUAAGGUGGUUGCGGAGUUAGCUUGGCUUGUUCGUUUGUUGGCUGAUUUGGGUGUGCCUUUUACUACUCCUGUUCCACUAUUGUGUGACAGCCAAGCUGCCAUUCAUAUAGCCAAAAAUCCUGUCUUUCAUGAGCGUACUAAACAUAUCAAAGUAGACUGUUACUUCAUACGCACCAAGUUGGCUGAUGGGCUUAUUUCUCUAUCUCAUGUUCCAACUUCUUUACAAAUGGCUGAUAUUUUUACUAAGUCCUUGACAGGUUUGCAACAUCGCCUAUUAUCCAGCAAGUUGGGAGUGUGUUCACCCUCCAACUUGAGGGGGGUCUUGCAAAUGCGAGAUCCAUUCCACAUUUGUAAAUCUCACAUUUGCAAGGAGGGUGUCGCAUUUGCGAGGUGGCUGGGGACUGAAGUCUUCGCAUUUGCGAAGCGUGUCUCGCACUUGCGAGAUUUGCUGGGGCUAACAGAGUUUGCUUUUGCGAUCCCUGUGUCGCAUUUGCGGAGGUCGCGUUUGCGAACCUUUGGUCGCAAAUGCGGCAUCUGCAGCUAG